GCCCCGGCUGCCGCCCCCGCCGCCUGCGCGGAGUGGUACGGCCCGGCCCGCGUUAAAGCUCGCGGGCGGCGCGGCGGCGGCGGCGGCAGCUGGCGGCGGAGGAGCCAUGGGGCUGCGCGCGGGAGGAGCACUGGGCAGGGCCGGGGCCGGGGCCGGGAUCGGCCGAGGGGCGCCUGGGGGAUCCGGGCCCAGCGGCAGCUCGCAGGGCGGCAGCAUCCAUUCGGGCUGCAUCGCCGCGGUGCACAAUGUGCCGCUGAGCGUGCUCAUCCGGCCGCUGCAGUCCGUGCUGGACCCGGCCAAGGUGCAGAGCCUCGUGGACACGAUCCGGGAGGAUCCAGACAGUGUCCCCCCUAUUGACGUCCUCUGGAUCAAAGGGGCCCAGGGCGGUGACUACUUCUACUCCUUCGGGGGCUGCCACCGCUAUGCAGCCUACCAGCAGCUGCAGCGAGAGACCAUCCCUGCCAAACUUGUCCAGUCCACCCUCUCGGACCUCAGGGUGUACCUGGGCGCAUCUACCCCGGACUUACAAUAGCAGCCUCCUAGGCACCACCCAACACUCCUAAGAGCCCAGAAGACACACCCAGCCUCUGGGGGGGCUGGACCAUGCAGGAAGCAGUCAGGGGCGCCUUCUCUGUGCCCAGGGGGAGGUAUGACUCUGAGCACCUGUUUCACGAGCUGCAAGACCUUGGACUCGUUCCUGAACCAUGUGGGAGCCCCAGAUCCCACUGCUGUGGAAAUGGGGUCCUGUCUUUGCCCUCGAGGUAUUCUUGAGAGAAUGAAAAGGAAAAGAAGUUGGGUUUGGAGAGCCACCUGUUCCUGGCUCCAGAUUCCCAAGGACAAGGCUCCUAUGUUUUCAUCCGUGUAUUUCCCAUUAUGUGGAACACGUUCAGCCACAAGUAAGGGAAAGCCUAGGUUACAGUGGCUUAAACAAAGAGAAUUCUGGAGACAGGUGGUAUUGGUUCCGCACCACCAGCGAAGGCAGGGCUCAUAUCUCUGAUUCUUUUUGGCCUUCCCCUCGUUGCUUGUUACUUCAUGGUCAAAGAUGGCUGCUAUGCCUCCAGGAAUCCUGGAUGUGUUCAAGGAAGAAAGGUGUGGGGACUGGGGGGGAGAAUGGCCAAGCCAGCUGUCGACUUCUAUCAUGAAGUCAGUCCUUUCUCAAAAGAGCUAUUUCCUGUUCUGUCCCCCUGCAUAUUUCUACUUAGGUCUCCUUGGCCCAAACCAGUUAUUGCCACCCCUGGCUGCAAAGAAAGCUAAGGUGGUAGGGAACAGAAUUGUUAUAAUUAGUAGACCAUUCAUCUCCUGGGACUGACACACCACUUCCUAAAAUAAAAUUGGAAUCCCACUACCAAAAGAGAGAGAAGGAAUUGUGUACCGGUUAGUCUUUGCUGUGUAACAGACCAUCUCCAGACGUGACCACUAACGGCACGUCAUUCAUUUGCCUACAGUUCUAUGGGUUUGCAAUUUGGCCUGGGCACACUGGGACAGUUGUGCUGGUUCUGCCCAGUGUCACUCCCAAGGCUGCAUGCACUCAGCUGUUACCUCGGAUAGGGCUGGAUGGUCUAAGGUGGCCCCACUCGCUUGUCUGGCAUUUGGCAGGCCUAAGGCUGGGUGACUUGGUCCUUGUCCAUGCAGUCUCUCCAGCAGGUUUACUCAGGCUUAUAGACAUGGCUUCAGAAUAUCACGAGAGAAAAAGUAGAAGCUGCAAGGUUUCUUGAGUCCUAGGCCCAGAAUUGGUACAACAUCCCUUGCAAAGUUCUUUUGAUCAGAGCAAAUCAUACAGCUGGCCUGGAUUCAAGGGGCGGCAAAACCACCUCUUACUGGGAGAAACCACAGAGAAUUGGUGGCAUUUUUUCAUCAAUCACAAAUGGUUGCAUAGAGGCAAAAUACCGUUUCUCUCUUUUUGCUCCGGGCCUUGAUCUGACUGAGCUGAAGUCACUAAGACAUUGUCCUGGCCCUUAAAUCUACAGGAGGAGGUGAUGGGGCAGGUGGAUCUCUCCCAGAGCCGGGCCUGGGCUCUACCAGGGGCAUCUGUCAUGGUCUGUGUGGUGAGAUAGGGGUAGGCCAGAUGAGACAUUCCAAAGGGGUUUCUGGAAACAAGAGUCCUGGGUGAAGGGAAGAGUGACAGGGAGGGUGCAAAGUGACACAGGCCUUGCUCUCACUGUCCUGCUAAGGGACCUCCGUCCCUGGAUGUUUUCCAAGCCUCCGUUUCCCCAGCUUAGUAACCAAGACAACAGCUUUCCCACCCAUUUUCUGUCCCAGGGAAAGAUGACUGAGGUGACCAAUUUAAUGUAAAUGAAUGUAGUCCUAAAUGCAGCGUUAUAUCCAGGACAUCGUUGGGAAAACUGGAGAUCUGAAUAAGGUCUGGAUUUUACUUAAUAAUAACAUAAAAAUGUCAGUCUCUUCAUUUUGACAAACGUACAUGUAAAAGGUAAAGCGAUGGUGGGGUAGGCUGGGUGCAGAAUUUGCACUCUUUACUCUCUUCGCAACUUUUCUGUAGAUCAAAAAUCACUCCCAAAUAAAAGCUUAUUUAAUAAAAAUGA